GCACGGAGCGCGUGUACGGGAGGGACUUCCCGGAGCGGAGCGCAGCGCUGCGGAGCGGAGCGCCGUUGUUUUGCUUUCACUCUGCGCUCGGAAACAGAAAUAACCCGGCGUCACUUUCCCUUUUUCUGCCCCGCGUCCUCCACCUCCGUCGCCCCGCCGCCCUCUCUCCGCCCGGGGCUGCGCCGCCUCGACCUUCCCGCGGCGGGACAGCGGAGCCGCGCGGCCGUCCAGCCGGAGCAGCAGACCAACAGAAAGAAGAAACGACAGUAACAGAACAGGCUCAUGAAGCGCAGUGUGGUUGAGGAUAUUCAUCUCCUUGAUAAGGCCAUCAUGCCAGUAGAGAGGAUGAGGAUGCGACCGUGGCUGGAGGAGCAGAUCAAUUCCUGUCAGAUUCCUGGACUGAAAUGGGUGAACAAGGAGAAGAGAAUCUUCCAGAUCCCCUGGAUGCACGCUGCCCGUCACGGCUGGGACCUGGAGAAAGACGCUCCGCUCUUCAUGAGAUGGGCCAUACACACUGGUAAAUACCAGCCGGGCGUGGACCGUCCCGAUCCCAAGACGUGGAAGGCCAACUUCCGCUGCGCCAUGAACAGCCUGCCGGACAUCGAGGAGGUGAAGGACAAGAGCAUGAAGAAGGGGACCAACGCCUUCCGGGUGUACAAGAUGCUGUCGUACGAGGAGAGGAGCCUGAAGAAGGGGAAGAAGAAGACGGAGCGGGAGGGGCGAGCCAGGGCCAGCAAAGAGGCGUCCUCUCCGUCCCCGGACCGCAUCCUGAGCCGCCUGGAGGCGCUCGCCGGCGCCGCGUCCGCCGUCAAGCGGGAGGAGGUCAAGGAGGAGCCGGAGGAGCUGGUGGUGGCCGACGGAGCGCCAGCCAUCCACAGCUCGGCGGACGAGCACCUGAUCACCAGCGAGCAGCUGCCGUUCGUCUGCCAGACCAUCGAGGUGACGACCGAGAACGAGGAGCAGACCGUCAGCUCCUCCCACUCCUACCCGCUGCAGAUCUCCCCCGUGUCGUCCUGCUGCGGCAGUGAAACGGACAGCGAUACAGAAGAAAUCAAAGAGGGCAUCGGCGCGGCCUGGCGGAGGAGCUACAGCACCACGGUCCUGCGGAUCCCGUCCUGCUCCCUCCCCAGCAUGGCCACCUUCGUCAGCCCCAGCAAGCCCAACUUCCGGGUGACCAGCACGCGGGACCCCGCCCCCCUCAUCAGCUACCACGGCGGCGACUGGACGCCGCAGAACUCUCUGGUGUCGUCGGCCGGCGGCGGCGGCGGCGGCGCCCACGGCCACGGCCACGAGGCGCGCGCCAGCGUCAUCAUGAAGACCUCGGACGUCACCUCGUCCUGACCUGCAGGGGGUCCCGGGGGGCCGCGGGGCGGCGGUGAUUUGCUGUCAGCUUCGGUCUGCGGCGCCGGAGCCGCUCGUCCCAGAAGGUCAGCUUCUUCAUUCUAAUCUACUGAAUCAGAGGAAAUCGGCGUGGACGCGGUGUAACGAGACAGAAACCGUCAUGAGAACCAGGAUCCUGAUCAUGCUCUGCUCCGGGAGGUGAACCCUCGCGGUCCUCCGUCCUCUCUGGGCUCUGAUGGACCUGGCAGGGGGGACCCAGUCCGGGACGACCGGACCGUUCCUGACCCGCCGUCCACAGAGGAGGCGGAACCGCUUCCCCCGUCUGGAGCCCCAGACAGAAAUCAGUGACGCUUCAAGCUCCCUUUGCUAAAUUACCGUCUAACUCCCAGAGCCGCCACAGAGCCCGGCGCCGCCGUGCCCCUCCGCUCUCAGGACGGCCGGAGUCUCGCCGUCUGUGGCGGCUUCAGGGAAACCUCUGCUCAGUUUCACACUCGUUGGAUUUUGAAAAACUCUCAGUAAGUUAAAAAUAUCCACCAGAGAUCUGAAGCAGCCGACCGUCGUUUAAUCGAAGUGUUUGUGAUUAAUGAAUGCCUCAGAUUGAUCACACCAACCCAACCUGAUCCCAGACAGGAGGACGACUCACUACCAGGACCUGAUUUCUGUGUGUGUGUGUGUGUGUGUGUGUGUGUGUGUGUGUGUGUGUGUGUGUGGAGACCUCAGGACAGUGAACUGUGUGAUCAUGUCUUCUCCCUCUAAUCCUGUACAUAGCUCUCAUGUAUGAACGCCAGCAGCUUCAGCACCUUACAGAGUGUGUGUGUGUGUGUGUGUGUGUGUGUGAUGCGGAGAAGUGAGCCUUAUUGAAGAUUAUUGUGUGCCUUUCACAGCUUGAUUCAAACUGUCUGUGCUUCAGUCUGAUCGUCCCUCCUCCAGUUUAAAGUGUGAAAGAGCCAGAUCGACGGAUCAGUCCGCUGAUCGACCGGCUGACGGAUCAGUCCGCUGAUCGACCGGCUGACGGAUCAGUCCGCUGAUCGACCGGCUGACGGAUCAGUCCGCUGAUCGACCGGCUGACGGAUCAGUCCGCUGAUCGACCGGCUGACGGAUCAGUCCGCUGAUCGACCGGCUGACGGAUCAGUCCGCUGAUCGACCGGCUGACGGAUCAGUCCGCUGAUCGACCGGCUGACGGAUCAGUCCGCUGAUCGACCGGCUGACGGAUCAGUCCGCUGAUCGACCGGCUGACGGAUCAGUCCGCUGAUCGACCGCCUGACGGAUCAGUCCGCUGAUCGACCGGCUGACGGAUCAGUCCGCUGAUCGACCGGCUGACGGAUCAGUCCGCUGAUCGACCGGCUGACGGAUCAGUCCGCUGAUCGGCUGUCAUGACGGCUUCUCUCAGGCUCCGCCGCCAGCGACUCUCACAAGUUUCAGCCUGCCAGGUGUUUUUUUAAGGUGACAUAAGAUGCUGUGAAGAGUCAGUCCGUCUGACAGGAACUGUCUCACCAGAACUCCACAGCUUCCAGCUUCAUUCUCAGCCUUUAUUUUCUAACUGUGAGGAAAAAGAAACGCAGAAACACUAAUUUCCCUUCUAUGUUGAGUCAGUUUGGAUUUUUUGAGGUUUCGUCAUCGAUUCGUCACUUCGUUUCCAGGCCGUGUUUUCACGCCACUCGCCGUUUUGAGUUUCAUUUUUGUUCCCGCCGGAGGUUUUCCUGAGUUUCCGUGUAUUGUGGCUGAGAUUUCCCCUCUCCGGUUUGUGUUUCUGGACGUUUCGACUGCGAGCUGGAGGAGACCUGUCAGGCUGAAGCACGGCCGCUCAUAGGAAAGAGUUUCUGAAGCGAGACGCCGACACUGGACACGCCUGCCGCCUCCUCUGGGGGGCGCCGCCUCUUCCUCCGUGCCUUUGUUGACCUCAGAGGAGAUAUUUAAACUGAUCAGCGAUCGACGACAGGCGAUAUUUAAAUGUGCCAAACGCCGCCUGUACGCACCCCGCUGUGGGAAACACUCACACGUUGGCCUUAACGGGUUUUCUACACACCGAUCCUGCAGUGCGUUUGUACGCUCUCUCCUUCUUCUUCUUCUCUGGUUUUUUUUUAAAGAGUAUUGUAUCUGCUUGGCGUGGAGGACAGAGCUGCGAGCCUGCCGCCACGUCUCCCUGCAAACCCAGUGAAUCAUGAAUAAAGACCUGUUUUUCUAUUUAA